AUGGUGCGAACCGCUGUCGUUGCCGCCCCUUCUGCUGCGGGGCUGGCGCCGGGGAGGAACCUUCCUGGCAACGUCAAGGAGGACGCCCUGGAGUACGUCUUCGCGAACUACGGCAAGGCAUUGUCCCGCCGCGCCGCGUGUGCGUUUAUCAAGUACCUCUUCAGCUGCGAGGCACAAGGUUGGAGGAGAAACGUCGCCGUCGAGGUGGAGGCUUUCACCGCGUUCUACAGGGGGAGCCGCCGCGCGCCGCUGGCCAAGGCGGCGCGGCGCGUGGCCGCCAGCCGCGGGGGGCGGGAGGAGGCCAAGGCUGAUGCCACGAUCGCGUCGCUGCACGCCGCCAGGUUCGCGAACAGCAACCUGAAUGCGGUGCUGGGCGCGCCGAAGGCAGGACCGAAGAACUAUGGGAGCCCGCCGCAGCAGUUGAGAAUGUGGAUGCGCUUCGCGGGGUCGAUACGGAACGCCCUGACGGUGGGGUUCAUGGUCUCGUCGUUGACGAGGUGGAUGAUCUCCUUCGUGCUCCAGUCUGAGUUCAGAGUGGCCGUCAUCGGCGUCGAUGAGGGUGGCAACCGCGAUCCGUGCGGCCUCGUGGUGGGCAUCCAGCUGGCUCUCGCCUCCGUGUCGCAGGUGGACCCCUUGGACUUCUCGGCCGUGCAGGCGCAGGUGUCCUUGCCCGCCGCCGCGUCCAUUGCCGGAGGCGUUGACGUCGAGGGCAUUGUCGUUGGCGAAGGGGUUGGCGGCGUUGUAGCUGGCGGCGUUGCCGCUGGCGGCGUCGUAGCUGUGGAAUUGCUAGAGUUUGUCUUCUCGUUCUACGGCCGCGUGCAGACCGUGCACAUCGCUGCGCGGCGGAGCGCUCGCGGGCGUGCCUGCGGCUUCGUGGAGUUCAGCUCCGCGGAGGAGGCCCGCGUCGCCCCUCCGCGCGGCGGGGCGGGCGAGGUGAUCGCCAUGGUGGGAGCUUCCACUGAGUGGAACAGGCCCUCGUACUUUGCGAUGAAGUACUUGCAGGCCAAGGGAUACCGCGUGAUCCCCGUGAAUGCGCGCGCCAAGGGCCAGACGAUCUUGGGCGAGACAGUGUACGGGGAUCUUGCGGAGAUUCCGUCGGACGUUCGGAUCGACAUGGUCGAUGUUUUCCGGAAUUCGGAAGCCGCGGGCGCGAUCACGGACCAGGCGAUCGCCAUGAAGGCGGAGCGGGGGAUCACCACGGUCUGGCUGCAGCUUGGCGUACGGAACGACGCCGCCGCGCAGCGGGCCAGUGCCGCGGGGCUCAGCAUCGUCAUGGACCGGUGCCCCAAGAUCGAGUACUCCAGGCUCUUCCGCGAGCUCGGCCAGCACGGCAUCGAUUCUGGAGUGAUCUCUUCCAAGCGCCGUCCGGUCGGGCGUCCAGCCGCACCUGGCUCCUGGACGCCGAAGGGCGAGAGGCUGGUCAGCUAG